AUGGCUAUUGAGAUGAGGACUAUUGCCGAGGGAAUGGGAAACAAAAAGUCUUUAUGUUCCAUUCUUGUCUUUACCCCAGCUACUUUCAGGACCUCCCUUAUACUGAUCCCUGCACUGGGAAAGAUGAGAGGUUCUCUGGAUUUCUCUCUGCCAAGCAACCUCUUUCGUAUCCUGCUUUUCCAGGUGUCUAUGUGGGUCACCGGUUCCAUUCUUGUCUUUACCCCAGCUACUUUCAGGACCUCCCUUAUACUGAUCCCUGCACUGGGAAAGAUGAGAGGUUCUCUGGAUUUCUCUCUGCCAAGCAACCUCUUUCGUAUCCUGCUUUUCCAGGUGUCUAUGUGGGUCACCGAUUCGUUCUCGGUGAUCGGCCCCCUGGAGCCCAUCGUGGCCACACUGGGCAAGGACACUCUUCUGCCCUGCCGUGUGUCUCCAGCCAUGAGUGUGGAGAACAUGGAGCUGCGCUGGUUCCGCUCCCAGUUCUCAGAGGCUGUGUAUGUGUACCAGGACGGAAAGGAGCAGGUGGGAGAACAACUGGUGGACUUCAAAGGGAGAGUAGAGUUGGUGAAAGAUCACAUCUCUGAGGGAAGAGUAGCUGUGAGAAUCCGCAAUCUCCAGGUCUCAGACCACGGAAUGUACAAGUGCUUUUUUAAAAAAGGCAGUGAUUUUGAAGAAGCCGAUUUGGAGCUAAAGGUGAUAGGCCUGGGUUCUAGUCCUCAUAUCCUCAUUGUGGGUCUGGAAGAUGAAGGAAUAAAGCUGACAUGCAAAGGUCAAGGAUGGUUUCCCCAGCCUGAAGUACAAUGGAAGAAUGAAAAGGGAGAGAAGAUUCCAACUCUGUCUGAGAAAGAAAUCCAAGAUGACGAUGGGUUGUUUCAGAUAGAGUCAUCCCUCGUUGUAAGGGACAGCUCGAAGAGAAAAGUGUCCUGCUCCAUAAAGACCCCCUUCUCUGAACAAGAGAAAGUGGAAACCAUUUCUAUCCCAGAGCCCUUUUUCCCUAGGACUUCUCCCUGGAAGGUGGCAUUGGCUGUGACUUUCCCUAUAUUUGUGAUUUGUGUGUUCGCUGCUCUGUUUUGGGUCCGUAAAGAAAAACAGAAAUAUAGGAUCAUAUGUAAAGCCAAGGAAGAAAAGGAGGAAGAAAGUAAAGCCAAAGAAUUACUUAAAAAAGAACUUGACAGGAGAAAGGAAUUGUAUCUCCAAGACUGGAGAAAAGCAAAAUUAUAUGCUGACUGGAGAAAGGAACAGUUCCAAGCAGUUGAUGUUUUGUUGGAUCCAGCCACAGCUCAUCCCAACCUCAUCCUGUCUCAGAAUGGAAGACAUGUUUCUACAGGACAUGAAGUUGCUGAGAACGGCGGUGCCCCGACACACCAAGGGCAGUCUGACACCAUCUUCAGUGUUCUGGGUCAAAACUGCUUAACUGCAGGGAGACAUUAUUGGGAAGUAGAAGUAAAUAGGGGGACAGAAGUUGAAUCUGGAACUAGGUGGGCUCUGGGUGUUUGCUCACAGACAGUGAAGAGAGAGGGGUGGUUUAAAGAAAGUCCUGAGAAGAAUUUCUGGGUCCUGGCAUGGGAGGAAGGGAAAAUCAUGAUUCCCACCUCCAAACUAGAAAUUCCGCCACUGAAGCAGCACCCCCACAGGAUAGGAGUUUUCCUGGACUGGGACGGUGGGGACGUGUCCUUUUACAACAUGCUUGAUGGGUCUCACAUUUACUCCUUUGCUGGAAUCGUCUUCAAUGGGGUCCUCUGUCCUUAUUUUAGCAUUCAGGGUGCUGGCGCAUCUAUGACCAUACUCUUAGCUUCAGAUGGCAUUGAAAACUGUCCUGAUUCUUCUCAGAAGCCCUCUGACACAGUUGUCCCUCAAGAAACCAAGCCUUUAUUACCUUCCUAAGAAGCCACAGGAUCAGCCUCUCUGCACCUCUGCUGCCUCUACUUAAGUUUCUUGUAGGAAUGUUAUCCAAGAAAGCUGUACGUGGGUGCAGAGUAGAUCAGAUUCACCAGCUGUGAUUGCAGCCUGCUUCCAAGAGGGGAGGCAGGAAGAGAAAGAGGACACCUGGGGAACAUCUAGAGAAAUGUCCCUUGAUGUUACCAUUAUGGAAAUACUACCUCUCUGUAGGCAGCAGCAAUCAGUCACAGAAAAAGUCUAAACAGGCCGGCCUGCUGCAAUGGGUGCCUGGGG